AUGCAGCGUCCAGACGGCAAUUUUGCACGGUCGGGUGUACCCAGCCUUACAGAGUCGAUGGGGCGGUCAGAAAACGAGAUGAUGGAGGUGGACAUGAGAUUAUCAGGCUCUCUACUUGAUAAACGACCUCUCAGCCGGGGCAGGCUUAUCCAGAAUGCUGGUGGAAAUAUUAGCCAGGACGAAUUGAGCAAAUGCAGCCCACCAUCAUCAACGGCAGCAAGUAAACUGGCCAAUUGCGGGAAUACCCUCGAAUUAUUGAAGCUCCUUGACGGCCAGCAUGAACCAAUGCACCGUUCAGCCCCAUUCCAGAUAGUUGUGAAGUUAGUGGCCUCUGGGAACAAGCGACUACGAUUGAACGACAACAACGAACCCAAGCCACGGAGCAAACAUGAAGUCGUUGACAGUGACGACCCUCAUGGCCAGACAGAGAAGCCCAGAUCAAGGAUAUGGAAUUCGAUGUCAACAACGAAGCGGAGGAGGCCAUGGAAAGGUGAUUCCGAAUCGCAGCGCAAUGAAACAGUUCGUCAUGACGACCAAGUUGGCAGCCCGCAACGGCGCAAAUGGAUGGUGUCUGGGACGCGGAACAGAAAGAACUCCAAGGUGGUCGAGUGCGAGAACCGAGACUUUUUAUAUCCUGGAGUGGGCAAGCUGCCCUCUCUGCCACUUGAGAACAAGCAAGCUGAAGCAGUCAAUUAUAAGAGCUGCAACGGGCAGAGCCCGGUUGCGAGCCCCUGCUCACAGGAGCCGCGGUCAUUGGAAGACGUUUUUUGGCAGCCAGAGAAAGCCCUCGAUAAUCUCAAUGGCGUCGAAAGGCUCAAAGAUUUCACAGCUGCCGCACUUGCAGCGGGUUUAAAUAACUUAGGCGAGGAACCAAGCUCUCUAGCGCUGAGUGACUCCGGGACUAAGGGCACCACGCCAACUACGUGGGAGGGCCGCAUCGCAGCUACUGGGGAUAGCGGCGUUACGAACCUCCCAGAAAAUUAUAAUAGGAAUAAUCAUAAGUCCAACGACACACAUUGUCAGAACCAACGCCCAUUGCAACAGCAUGCCUGUACGGAGAAAACCACAGCGUCUGGUUCACCAAGCAUCAGAGCUCACCCUUCACCUCUUCAGGCCAGGAAUUGCUUCCCUGCCUCGAAUAACACGAGUCCAGCUCCACAACUUCCACGAGUUCCUCCCGACUUAACACCAGAGCUGACUGCAUCGAAAGGUACGAAGGCAAAGAAGCCGCUGACUUGUCCGCCCCCUGACACGACUCACAUCAAUCUUCAGUGUCUGCCUCCCAGGAGUUCUAGCAAGGGAGCUUGCCGGAACGCAUCCCUCUUCACUGCGUUCACCGAUCAUCGACGCCGGAGCUCUCACUCAAAAAGUCCACUGCUCCCUCAUAGCUCCUCGGAUACCCAGUCGUGGAUUUCCCUGUUUCCCCGUCCUGCCCGUUUCCCCCAUGCGUCACACUUUGCAGCUUCGAUGUCGUCAGUAGAACAAAUACAUCCAUUGCAUACUGUGCCAACCUCAACACCAAACCACAUUGGGACGGAAAAAAGCAAGGGAUAUCGAAGAUCUGUGUCGAGAGGCUCGCCAUUAGCUUCACCACCGCAUCGAGAGACAUCGCCGGAUAUGGCAAAUCUGAAGGCUGUCGUUUCUACUCCAUUCCCACAAAUUACGGAUAACUCUCAGUACCCGCCUGCACAAGCCAAGACUACAAAUCUUCAAGAUCACUAUAUUCUCACUGCCCCCGGAGAGAACCAAUGCACUGGAGGGAAUGCUGGACGAAGCUUAAGUCCAAGGGGAUCUCUUGAGUCGAAAAAGCUACGCUGCUUGGGAAUACCUGACCCAUCAAAGAUGGACACAACAAAGCCACUGGACAAAAUGAGUCGAGCCGAGAGAGUCUUUGUUUUACGAAUGCGUGAUAUGUGUCUUGCCCGUGAGAGCCUCAAGAAAGAUCACCAGCAAUGUAUUCCUUCGGAGGGCAGUACAUCACAGGAAAUUCGGCGCGAUUGGGAGCUGCAAACUCAACCCAAGAAAGCGCGUGGUAAACCGACGGAUAUGCCAACUACCCCCCCAAAAGUCUACCGAAACGAUGCUCCAGGCGCUCCUCCGAGUAUUCCCUUGCCUGCGGACCCACCAGUGCCGUCGCUGCGAUCCUCAUCUAAUAAGAUAGUGUUAAACCCGAAUCAACCUACCCUCCAGUCACUGUCUACCAUAUCGCUGGACGCAGCACUCGCCCACAAAUUCGACGCACGCUUGUCUGCAAGUUCAAGCGGAAGUACACAUAGAAGUGAUAGCAAUAACAGCUGGUCGAGUAGAAGCGCUCGUUCAGGUAACGAUAUCUCUAAGCAAAAGCAUGCUACCAAUCUAGAGCAGCACACAUUCAGCUCCCAGCGUGACGGCCCACGAGAAGAGAUCGCAAUAGCAUUCGACCCUCGUCCUCUGACCCCGCUACCUCCCCCAAUGUCCGACGAAGCGCAUACUGGCAUUUCACCAAAUUGUGGAAAUUGCGUCUCCUGUCCUCACCUGAGAGCCAACCCAAGUCCGACAAACAAGAACCGCCAAAACACAUUCUUCUAUAAAGAAAAUCGGUCCGAACCCCGCCCGAACAAUGCCCCAGUAUCACAGUCCCCCCUCCGCGAGUGCUUCCCUCGGGAUAGCUCACGUCCAUAUAGCCCAAGUCUGCAACAUUUCAGCAAUACCAAUACCUACAGCAACAGAACCGGCGCUGGCGCCGGCGCCAGCGCCAGCAACAACACUCACACAACCUCAUCCCCACAACCACCAUCGACACGGCCCCGGUCACAAGAAAUCCCUAUGCACCCACAAUGCGAAGCCCGCAUCGCCUUCCUCGAACGGCAGAACAAAAUGCUUCAGGCAGCCCUCAUCGCAGCUCUAGAUGUUGGCGUCACCUUCGAUGCGGACCUCAUGCGUACUGUCACCUCCACACCUGUCAGCAUCGCCUCUCCAGGAAGUGAAACCAAAAACAAAAAUGUCUUUCGUCAUUCAUACACCAGCACAUCUACAACCGGAACAACGAGUACGACUACAAGCGCUCAACGGCUGAGCAUGGAUGGUCGUCGAUCGGGAGCGAAAGCUGGUUUCCUGUGGGGAGUACCGGAGGACAGAAUACAAUGCACCAUUCUUCCUGUUCACAUUCGUGUCGCCACAAGCCUUUGA